AUGAUUGCGUCCAAUGAAGCGGUCAAUGCUCAUCACUGCGCCGGCCAUACACAAGAGUACUAUCUCCAUCUCUUCUGCCCAGAGCAACAAGACUUGAACUGGGUGAGUAUCGUGGUGCCAUCGAUCCCCAGACUUGCGAACCGAUCACCUUCUCAGGACAAUGAAGAGACCCGGCAGGCCAUUUACGAAAAUGCGAUGACCUUCUGGCUAGAGAAGGGUUGUGAUAGCUUCCGCGUGGACACAGUCAAUAUGUACAGCAAAGAUUCGGCCUUCCCCGACGCACCAAUUACCGAUCCCAAGGCCGAGUGGCAAGAAGCGGGUCUGGUCUAUUGCAACGGGCCUCGGAUGAAUGAGUAUCGUAUGGAAAUGAACUCGAUACUGAGUCGCUACGACGCUAUGACUGUAGGCGAGUGUCCUUUCACGCCAGACCCAGAGCGGGUCCUCGGCUACGUCAGCGCAUCCAAGAAGCGUCUGAACAUGGUCUUUCAGUUCGACCUUGUCGAUGUUGGCCAGGUCUAUUGGGUACUCUUUAUAGGUCAUUCGCGCGCACAGAAAUCUCGGAACUUGACACAUGGGCUGGUUGAGGGCAGGUUCACGAGCGCUUCUACGCUAUCACAUGUCAACGUUCCAUUACAUUCCAAAAGCCAUUACCCAAGGCUUCGAGCAAAUCGCACGACCUUUCAGGCACAUUGA